AUGCCUGGGAGGACAGGAGAUGGGCCCACGGUUGCCCUUUCUUUUGCAAACAACUUUUGGGGCAAAGAUGAUGCCGGUGUCAUUCCCUUGUUGGAGCGUAUGCAUAAUGCAAAAGUAACGUGUGAUGAAUUGAAAGCCUUCUAUAGCACUCGAGCUGCGAUCGAAGAUGAAUAUGCUAGGAAACUUCUUGCUUUGUGUCGCAAGCCUCUAGGGUCGAAUGAGACCGGUACGCUUCGUGCGUCGCUCGAUGUCGUCCGUGGAGAAACAGAGGCUAUUGCCAAAGCACACUCUGCAAUUGCGUCACAGAUGAAGACUGAGCUGGAGGAGCCACUGGCUGCAUUUGCAGGCGGUAUGAAAGAGAGACGAAAGAUCGUCCAGUCGGGCAUUGAACGACUUUUGAAGAAAAAAAAUGAACAGACUCAUGCUGUUAACAAGGCGAGGGACAGAUAUGAGCAGGACUGCUUGCGAAUAAAGGGUUACCUGGCUCAAGGCCACAUGGUCAUGGGCCAGGAGGAACGCAAGAACAAGGCGAAACUUGAGAAGACCCAAAUACAACUGGCGUCAAACAGUUCUGAGUACGAGGCUGCGGUGAAAGUUCUUGAGGAGACGACUGGGCGGUGGAACAAGGAAUGGAAGGCUGCCUGCGAUAUGACUCAGAAAUUUCAAGACUUGGAGGAAGAGCGAAUUGAUUUUACAAAAAGUAGUCUAUGGAGCUACGCAAAUAUUUCCUCGACCGUGUGUGUGAGCGAUGAUGCUUCCUGUGAGAAGAUUCGGCUGUCACUGGAAAACUGCGAGGUGGAAAAAGACAUAGCCACCUUCAUCAAAGAGAAGGGAACUGGACAGGAAAUACCAGACCCUCCGAAGUUCAUCAACUUCUGUCGCGGCGAUGUUGAUACGAGUUCUGAAGCUUCCGAAGAGGAAGGUUACUCUGUGGCACAGUUCCAGCGCGCUAUCAAUCCUGCAUUCCGCAGUUCAUCGCCGCAGCCGUCAACCUACGAAUCCCAUCAUGAUCCAAGCUCGGAGUUGGCUGCGCAGAUGGGACACGGCAAUCCUUCGACUCCAAAGAGCAGAGAAGCGACAGGCACUCCACAAAAACCAAGCCCGCAGCAGGCCCAGCCAGUUCAACCACCUCAGCCAGUUCAGCCAGCUCAGCCAGCCCAGCCGCCUCAACCAGCUCAACCAGCUCAACCGCCUCAACCAGCUCAGCCAGCUCAGCCAGCUCAACCGCCUCAACCGGCCCAGCCAGUUCAGCCAGCACCCCUCGACCUUCGUCGCGGUGGCCAGCUGCCCCCUAAUUACGACCCUAGUCAACAUGGAGAAAUUGGGACGGUGCCUCACAACUCGUACCCGACGGAGGGUAUGACAAUGUUUUGUCGUACCGGGCCACCCUCGGAACGCAGCUCGGGUACGAGUGCAUACAGGCCUUCCAGCCGAGACUCCCAAAGUGAUAUUUCAAAUCCGACAUCGUUUUCUAGCCAGGAACCCCCUAGUGGGAAGCAGUCCCCGACAAAGCCAACUAACGGAGUCGCAAUGCCUGGAAUGUCGCCCGAAAAACAGGUGCAGAAGAAACGAAGUACCUUCUUCAGCAACAGCCCUUUCCGACGCAAGAGCCGGCAUGAUAAGGAUCGUCAAUCCACAUCGAGUCCGCAAAACUCACGCAGUCCAACUAAGCCAGCAUAUGGUGCAUCACCUCCAGAUGAACGUCAUUCUGGAAGCCCUGAACCCGUGGAUCCUCGGGCCAAUUUCCAGCUCAACAUUGGAAAUAAUGUAUUCGACGUGGCAUCUCCAGAUAAGAAGGAGUCUGAGUCGAAAAAAGAGGCCGAGGAGGAGCUGGACCCUAUCGCACGUGCACUUGCAGAUUUGAAGGGUGUGGGAAAGCAAUCAGCCAGUCGUGUCUCGGCGGAUCGAUAUCAUGGCAUUGCAACCCCAGCACCGUCAACCACCGGCUCGUCUUACAACCCAAGUGCAGUGGCAAAGACACCGCCGCCGUCGUACAAUGACGCGUCCGUUAAACGAUUGGAUGCUCCUCAACCGGCGUUUACGUCGGCACAAAUGCAGAAAACAACUCAGAAAUAUGUCGGUCAAACCCAGAAUAUGUUUGGGGGUCCUUCCGACACUCAGCGGAUGAACGCGAGAGGGAAUGGGCCAGCUCAAGACAUUCAGCGUGCCAGAUCCCCUGCCCCGAGGCGAAGUGCUAGCCCCCAGCCAUCCCCUCGAGUGGAUACCCGUAUGAGUCCUUACAAUGGUGGUGGAGCUGCUCAGAGCCCAACCUCAUAUCAAUCCAACAGUUACAACGGUCGUUACCGGCAAUCGCCUACCACCAACUCCAGGCCUGGCAGUAGUCGUGGCUAUUCUCCUAGGGACUAUUCAAGGCAUGGGUCGCCAAACGAUGUUGUCCGAGCUGUAUCACCUCAACCACAGUUCAGGCAGCAGAACCGUCCGUCAAGUGCAGGGGGAAUGGAACUCCAGCUGUCCGGAGGCCAAGUGGAUCAUUAUGGAGGAGGUUAUGAUAGCUACGGCCGAGCGCGAGACAGCGGCCGGCCCAUGUCGAUGUAUUAUGGCAAUGGACCAGAAGGAGGUUCGAGAUCAAGGAGCAAAAGUCUCGCUGUCGCCGAACCGGAGAGACAGUACAGCCGCGAUGGACGUCCGAUUUUGCAUUUUGCGCGAGCGAUGUAUAGCUACACUGCAGCCAUUCCCGAGGAACUGGGCUUUUCUAAAGGCGAUAUCCUAGCCAUUUUGAGAAUGCAAGAUGACGGAUGGUGGGAAGCAGAACUAACCGGCGGAAAGAGUGGUCUGGGCUUGGUGCCGAGCAACUAUCUACAGAACCUUUAA